CUCAACUGAACUUUCUUUUACAUUUCAGGCCUUCAACAAAGUGUUCCUCAAAGCCAUUGCGAGAGCUCCUGGUGACGAAGACGUGUCUGUGCGUGUUUUAUCUCUCACUGAGGCCAUCACCCACUCGGCCCUUCAGUACACCUGCCAGGGGCUCUUCCAGAGGGACCGACUCACCUUCCUCACCCACACCGCCCUCCAGAUUCUUCUGAAGAGGGGCUUUAUUGAGGCUCAGGACCUGGAACUUCUGCUGCGAUUUCCUGUAGAGGUUUGUCGGAGCAGUCCCGUCAGCUUCCUGUCUUCACAGGCCUGGGGUGCCAUUAGGAGCUUGUCCAUGCUGGAUGCAUUCAGGGGUCUGGACAGGGAUGUGGAAGGUUCUGCCAAACGCUGGAGGAAGCUGGUGGAGUCAGAGUGUCCAGAAAGAGAACGUCUCCCUCAGGACUGGAAGAAUAAGAGUCCCCUCCAGAGACUCAUCAUUCUCAGAGCCUUUCGGCCUGACAGGAUGACCUACGCUCUCCGAAAUUUUAUUGAGGACACUUUGGGUUCCAAGUAUGUGGAUGUCAGUCGAAUGGCGUUUGAAAAGUGUUUUGAGGAGAGCAAUCCCUCUACACCGGUGUUCUUCAUCCUUUCACCAGGAGUCAACCCCGUCAAGGAUGUAGAAACUCUUGGGCUGAAGCUUGGAUUUACCGCAGACCAGGGGAACCUCCAUAAUGUAUCCUUGGGUCAAGGACAAGAGAUUGUGGCGGAGAGAGCAUUGAGGACGGCAGCCAAAAACGGACAUUGGGUCAUACUGCAGAAUGUUCACCUGCUGGAGCGGUGGUUGGGUCGUCUUGAGGAGCUGUUGGACAACACGGGCAGCGAUGCUCACUCAAACUACAGAGUGUUUCUGAGUGGAGAACCGUCCUCCAGCUCCCAUGAGCACAUCAUUCCUCGCUCCAUCCUGGAGAAUGCCCUCAAACUCACCACUGAACCACCCACCGGCAUGAACUCCAGCCUUCAUGCAGCUCUGGACAACUUCACCCAGGACACUCUGGAAAUGUGUUUUCGAGAGCAGGAGUUCAAAGGACUUGUGUUCACACUGUGUUACUUCCACACCUGUGUGACUGAGAGGAGGAAGUUUGGGCCUCAGGGAUGGAACCACAGAUACCCAUUUAGCAAUGGAGAUCUGACCAUCUCUGCCAGUGUCCUGUACAACUACCUGGAGGCCAAUACUAAAGUACCGUGGGAGGAUCUGUGUUAUCUGUUCGGAGAGAUCAUAUACGGAGGUCACAUCACUGACGAGUGGGACAGGAAGCUGUGCCGUACGUACCUACAGGAGUUCAUCAAUCCCAUGAUGUUUGAAGGAGAGCUAUUCCUGUGUCCUGGGUUUCCAGCUCCUCCUGAUCUGGACUACGCUGGGUAUCACAGCUAUGUGGAUGAGAGAUUGCCCCCAGAAAGCCCUAUUCUCUACAGCAUGCACCCUAAUGCAGAGAUAGAGUUUAUGACAGCCACAUCUGAAGCCCUCUUCAAAACGUUACUGGAACUCCAGCCCAGAGACUCAUCAACAGGAGAAGGAGCAGCACAGUGCACAGAGGAGAAGGUGAAGAGUGUUCUGGAUGACAUGCUGGAGAAGUUACCAGAAGAGUAUGAUCUGGCAGAGCUCAUGUCUAAAACGGCCGAGAGGAGCCCCUACAUCCUGGUGUGUCUGCAGGAGUGUGAGCGAAUGAAUGUGCUGCUGGCAGAGAUACACAGAUCAUUAACAGAGCUGGACCUGGGACUGAAGGUAUGA